CAGCCUUCUAUUUGUUUUCCUUAGUGUCUAGUAAAAUCUGAUCCAUUUUUUGCAAGGCUGCUGUAAAGUCACCAGGGACGGGCAUCACCAGCCCGUGGCUCGCCCUGGCCCGGCCGCGGAGCCCAUCACCCGGGACCUGGGUCCGCAGGCGGGCGUGGAAAACCGGGUGCUGGGGAAGGAGGGUGAUGCUGGGGGGGUGCUGCUGGGGGGACACCCCUGCACAGCGACAGACGCUUCUGAGGGGCUAUCACCCGUGAAGUGGGCUCCUUCCAUGACGUCCAAGGGGAAAAGCCCCAAGGCGGCCCCCCAGUGGUCCUGCCCAAGCGUGAGAGUGAUGUGAGCUCCCCCCGCGAUGAGCAUCUGACCCUGUGCUGGGGCAGGACCAGAUCAUAGAAUCACCAGGUUGGAUGCUGAGCAUCUCCAUGGGGCGGUGAGGAGCGGCCACACGUGGGGCCGAGCGGGCACGGGCGCACCUGGACGGGGCCGGGGUCUCUCCGCCCGUGGUCAUCAUGCCACCUCCAGGUCGCCUUUCGCGAAACCGACGGGGGUGGGUGGUGCCAUCAGUGCCCCUAGCAGCUCCCAUGCAUCCCCAGGGCAGGAGGUCCUGCCCGGAGCCUCCCGCCCGGCUCCGUGCUGGGGUCUUCGGCGCAGGAAAUGGUGUAACUAAAACUGAAGAUUUUGGGGUGUCACUGAUUUACUUUCUUUGACGCAGAGGUCCCGGACGACGGAGAACUCCCCGAGUGAAACAGUCCCAGUUGGACGCUAAUGGUCACCGCCACCAGAUGAGAAAUCGCGUUGGGAACCAGGAGAACCCGCCAAAGCUUUGUUGUGCUAAACUAGUUGGACGAGUUAGGGUGUCGCUGCUCCCGAUUGCUCUGGCCAAUGGAACCCGAUCCACCCUGCUGUGCGUAAGAGCGCAAUUAAGGAUUUAACCAAGCCUAUGCUGCGCCCCAGCCAGCAGUCUGCCGGAGACAGACACAGCGCCGCAGCCUCCUCCCCCAGACAUGUCUGCUUAGAGCCCAGCAGCCCCAGCCAGCCGCCGGCUCCGAGCUAUGACAGGAGUAUUUGACAGAAGGGUCCCCAACAUCAGAUCCGGCGACUUCCAGACUCCUUUCCAGACGGCCGCAGCCAUGCACCACCCGUCCCAGGAAUCUCCUACUUUACCCGAGUCCUCGGCUACGGAUUCCGACUACUACAGCCCGGCGGGGGGAGCCCCGCACGGCUACUGCUCGCCUACCUCGGCUUCCUACGGCAAAGCUCUCAACCCUUACCAGUAUCAGUACCACGGCAUGAACGGAUCUGCUGGGAACUAUCCUGCCAAAGCCUAUGCAGACUACAGCUACGCGAGCCCCUACCACCAGUACAGCGGGGCUUACAACCGCGUCCAGAGCUCCUCCAGCCAGCCAGAGAAGGAGGUGGCGGAGCCCGAGGUGAGGAUGGUGAACGGCAAACCAAAGAAAGUGCGCAAACCCCGGACUAUUUAUUCCAGCUUUCAGCUGGCGGCGUUGCAGAGGAGGUUUCAGAAGACCCAGUACCUCGCCCUGCCCGAGCGCGCCGAGCUGGCCGCCUCCCUGGGGCUCACGCAGACGCAGGUGAAAAUUUGGUUUCAGAAUAAAAGAUCCAAGAUCAAGAAGAUCAUGAAGAACGGGGAGAUGCCCCCGGAGCACAGCCCCAGCUCCAGCGACCCUAUGGCCUGCAAUUCUCCACAGUCUCCUGCGGUGUGGGAACCUCAGGGCUCGUCCCGCUCCCUCAGCCACCACGGCCACGCACACGCUCACCCUCCAAACUCCAACCCGUCCCCCGCAUCCAGCUACCUGGAGAGCUCGGCUUCCUGGUACCCCGCUGCCAACUCCAUCAACUCCCACCUCCAACCCCACGGCUCCCUACAGCACCCGUUAGCGCUGGCCUCUGGGACAAUUUAUUAAGCGUCUCACCCUUAUUAUUUUAUUUUUUAUUAUUUUUUUUGUUGUUCCUUGGACUCCUGUGUUUUACUGUUAAGGAAUAAUAACGAAAGGAAUGCAUAUGGGGAAUUUUUAAAAGGGAAAAGAAACAAACAAAAAGAUUAAAAUGUGUAAAGCUUGUGCAUGUAACUUAUUGCAUUUCAAAGAAAACCCUUUUUUUAUACAAUACGGACAUUUUUUGGCUCAGCUGUGGACACUAUCAAUGGUGCCUUGAAAUCUAUGACCUCAACUUUUCCAGAGACUUUUUUUCAAUGUUAUUUUAACCCUGUAAAUAAUUGUAGAUAGAGGAAUUAAACUGUAUAUUCUGAAUAAAAUAAAAUUAUUUCGACCACGAGAAACGUUUCCAAA